AGCGACAACACGACCGAGAGAGGCAACCAAAACUUCAGUCUGUUGAAUGAGUGCUUACGAGGUGGUGCUCCCAACGGGCCUGUGAAAAGGGAACAACAGAGCGGCGACACUACCUGUUGCACAGACGACGUGUGCCAACUUGCGAUACCCUCACACCCUCUUGUCUCGCCCUCCCCCUCGCGCCCCCGCACCAUGUCGGACAUCCCGGACAACGCCCCCGCGCCCCGCCUGUGCGUCGUGACCAAGUGGCCCGACUUCGAGGGCUACGGCUUCAACCUGCACGCCGAGAAGUCCAAGCCGGGCCAGUACAUCGGCAAGGUGGACGCCGCGUCGCCCGCCGAGGUGGCCGGCCUGCUCGAGGGCGACCGCAUCGUCGAGGUCAACGGCGUCAACAUCGCCAACGAAAACCACAAGCAGGUGGUGCAGCGCAUCAAGGCGGUGAGCAACGAGACGCGCCUGCUGGUGCUGGACCCCGAGGCCGACAAGUACUACAAGGCCAAGAACAUCGUGGUGCGCGGGAGCCAGAGCAACGUGAUCACCAAGUCGUCGGUUCGAGCCCCGCCGUCCCCCCCGCCGCCCGAGCCGCCCGCGACCAACGGCCACCACCAGGACGACGCCGACGCCCGCUCCGUCAGCUCGGCCGCCUCGUCGUCCGCCGCCAGCGAGGCGUCCACGCAGCCGCAGCCGGCGCCCGUGCCCGAGGAGAGCGCCCGGGACGCCGCCCCCGAGGACGAAGGCGAGGCCGCCGCGGCGCCUCUGGACUCCCCCCCUUCUCCCUUACCCGAGGAGGACGACGCCAGCUCUCGGGAGGGGGAGGCCGAGGAGCGUCCCGAGGAGGAGCUCCGCGAGCCCUCCCUCGAGGGCGACUCGCUCCCUCCCGAGGGCGAGCUGGCCUCCUCCGAGGCGGCCGCGACGCCGAGCGAGGAGGGCGCGCACGAGGAGGCGGAGGCGGACGCCAAGUCCUCGAGGUCGUCCUCGCCCGAGCCCGAGCCCGAGCCCGAGCCUGAGGUCAAAUCUGAGGUCGAACCCGGACCCGAGGUCGAACCUGAGCCCGAGGUCGAGCCCGAGCCAGUAGGCGAGGCUGACGCCGAGUCUGACCUCGAGGCCGAGUACGACAACGUGCUGCUGGCGGGCGGCCAGGGCUUGGUGGCGGCGAGCGAGGAGCCCGCCGCCGCCGCCGCCGCCGCCGCCUCCCACUCGCGCCGCUCCUCGUCGGCGUCGUCGUCGGCCGCCUCGCACUCCUCCCGUGGCUCCGACGCCGCCCACACUGACCACUCCACACAGAGUCCCAUGAGCACCUCCCCAACGCCGCCGCCCUCGCUGGACAAUACCUCCAACACCGCCAAGAGCACGCCUACGCCCACGCCGGACCCCACGCCCACGCCCACCAAAGCCACCACCACCUCCUCCUCUUCUUCCUCUUCUCCGGCGAGCACCCCCGCCCCCACGCCCACCCCGUCCGUGGCCUCCAACAAUGCCUACAACUCGAGCGGCCUGAACCUGAACAUGUCUGCGGCCGAGAUGCGGGCAAUGCUGGCCCGCAAGAAGAAGGCUGACCCCCGCAAGGACACCCUAGACCUGCGGAAAAAAUACGAGAUCAUUCAGAACAUGUAGGAGACGUGUGGCUGCCGGUCCUCCUCCGUGGCGCCUUCCCCCGAUUUCCGUCCCCGUUCUUUCGUUCCUCCCUCUUUCGUAGCGAAGAGGAGGUGGAAGGAAGGAAGGAUAAAAUGGAAAUGGGGUGAAAGGAGGAGUGUUAUUUGGGUUAUUUCCCCCCGUUUUUUCCCCAUAUUUUGCAUGGAGCUGUUGAGACAAUCUCUGUUUGGCGAAAACGGGAUGUCGGGAAGUAGCGGACUUCCCCCUUCCUCUGUUUUUAUCUCCUUUCUUUAAUCUCCUUCGUUGAUUUACAAUUUUAUUCUUCCAGUCUCUCUUUCACCCUUUUACCCUCUUUUUUUCUCCCCAACGUACUUUGGUUGUUACAAGAUUGACAUGGGAUUUAUGUAAAUAAGAAAAAAGUAAAGUAUUCCAUUACGUCUUGUAAGUAGAUAGAAAAUACGAUGCUUCUACCCGAGCCGAGGGCCGUCCCGUCUUAGCCACGCCCGGGUCCUUGACAGUCCUUCUCAAUCCCUGUCUUGUUAUUUUUGUCUGAGCGCAAUCACCCAGCCGGAAAGCCAGCGCACUGGAGCUAUUUUUUGGAAAGGAGAGAAUAGUUUUCUCGAGUAAAGAGAUUCGUUAUGGAUAUACCCUGUUAAUUUUCUUUUCCGUUUUCUAUGAAAUGGAAUUCAGGGUAAACUUGCAUAGAUAUAGAGAGGACUGCAUAUUGAUUUUUUUUCAUCUCAUCUCUUGUGUGUUGGUGGUGUUGGGAUGAUUUAGUGUCAUCACUCGCAGAUUACAGUCAUGUGGACUGGAAGGUGAUGGCAGCAGACAAAAAAAGGUUUACAGAGAAUAGUUAUUUAGUAGUUUCAUGAUGGCGACGAUAACCAUUGCUGAGAAAGGUUUUAAAAUUUAGAAAUUGUAAUAUUCCGAUUUGCCCAACUUCUUCCCUUGUCAGCGGGGUUGUCGGAACGCCAUGGAUAAUUUCUAUUAUGUAUAUUUGUAAGUGAAUCAUGUAGUUAAGAGUUGUUAUAAAUGAGUGCUUCUGUGAUGAGAAAAGGGGUGUCAAUUGUUCAGUCGCAGGAUCCUCUGGAGAGACGCCGUCUUGGACGUCCUUCUGGGCCCUCGGCGUCCCAGUCAGGGGCCGCAGAAGGCGUCCCGAGACUCCUGCGUGGGAGUGCCUGAUUUUUUAUUUUCCUUUUUCCGAUGAGGUCACUGAGGAACUGGAAGAAGAAAAAAAA